UUUGCUGUCUCGAAAGGAUGGUCGCUUGCUAGGUACAUAGACACCACGUUAGCAGCACAUAGCAUAAACGUGUUAAUUUAUUCUGUUCGUCAUAUUCCCUCAAAAUGUCUAAAAUGCAGCUGUUACAGGAUUAUCUAAACGAGCGAUUAACAGCGGUGGCUGUUGAGAUAUUUGGGGCUGUGGAAAAUACCAUAGCAGAGUACCAGGAAGAAAUCUCCCGUUCAAAUGAGGAGAUUGAACGUCUACGGAGGCUGCUGGAUUUGGUUUGCAAACCUGACAUACAGAGACCAGACACCCAGCAGCUCAUUCUCCUUGUCCCUGAAGAGGAGGUUCUUGCUGAGAAGCAGCACUGUGAGCAGGAGUGGAGCCCCAGUCUGGGCCAGGAGGACCCAGAGCCCACUCAGAUUAAAGAGGAACAGGAGGAGUUUGGGACCAGUCAGGAGGAAGAGCAGCUUCAGGGGCUGGAGUCUGAUAUAAAAGAGUUCAUGUUCUCUCUUCCCUGUGUGAAAAGUGACUAUGAUCAGGACCCUCCUCAGCCCUUAUAUCUUUACCAAAACCAGACAGUGGAGAACAGAGAGGGGGACUCUCUUCCCAUCAAAACAGAACUUGAUGGGGAGGGCUAUGGAGUAUAUGAACCAAACAAUGAAUUAAAUCCCUUUUCUCCAGUAAAUUCAGAUCGUUCUGCAGCUCAUAUUGGGAACAGUGGCAAUGGGGUGGACAGUGGAGGACUAAUGUCACAGUUACAGCCACUCAAAUCAAAGACAACAUGGACAAAUAAAGUACAAAGCUCUAUUAAGACCAGGGAAGAGUUGAAAGUUCCAUUGAGGGCGGCUCACUCAGGGGAGAGACCACACAGGUGUCCCGUCUGCAGGAAAUGCUUUCUGAAAAUUAGCAUUUUAAAAACACAUCAGAGAAUUCACACUGGGGAGAAACCAUAUUGUUGCAAUGUAUGUGGCAAGAGUUUCAGAGAGAAGAGAACCCUGACCAGUCACAGGCUGACUCACUCAGGGGAGAAACCAUAUCAAUGCAAAGAAUGUGGCAAAUGCUUCAGUCAGAAGAAAAUCCUGACCAUACAUAUGCGGACGCACACUGGAGAGAAACCGUAUCAGUGCAAAGAAUGUGGUAAAUGCUUCACUCACAGUGGAUCCCAAGCAGCACAUUUGAGGAUUCAUACAGGGGAGAGACCAUAUAAGUGCCCUAUGUGUGUGAAAUGCUUCAGAACAGCAAGUCAUCUAAAACGGCACCAGCGAAGUCACAGAGGAGAACAACCACAUUGUUGACAUUUUUUGUAGUAAACGCUUCACUUGUAAGAAUAACAUAGGGCUAGAUUCUAGCAGAGCCGCGUUUGCCGACAUCCGCAUAGCAGUUGUUUUGGCGGUGUCGAGUUGGAACUGCAUUAAGAGCUGUGAAAUCCACAAGCGGCUCCUUGUGUUGCCUUUUUGCAGAUGCUGGCAUUGGAUGCAACGAAACCACACCCUACUUUAUAUCCGACAAGUCCCAUACAGCCACGUUACAAAUUUAAACACUUGAAUGUGUGAUGUUCUAUUGUCUACACUUCAAUUAGACUGAUACGUUAAUUUAUACAUAAAUGUGAAAUAUUUGUAAUUAUUAAUGUAAAACAAGUAUCGUAUUCUGAAAGUAUUUUUUAUUUAUUUUACUGAUAAAUCCCCUAAUCCCAAAUGAACAUGAAAACAUGCAUUAGCCUGCCGUUAUUUCUAACAUCAAUAGAGCCUACACUUUAUCGCCAUUUUUCAACCUCUAACGUGUUGUCGAUAAUAAGGAAGGGAGAUGUUGGUGACACACAACAGUAGCUGCUCACCGAUUUGUCAGCUCAUAUUGCAGUUACACCGGCAAAACGCAGGUUAACGCCCAAAGCCUCGAUCUAGUUGAAUCGAGGCCAUAGCGUACCGGUGUGUGGGUUAAAAAUGACAGAUUGGGACACUGAUAAGUGCCUAAAUUGCAACGCAUUGGCUGUACAGUAACAUGCUAUACAGGACGUCAGAGCACAAGCGUGGUUCAUACACAUUCUGACAGAUGACGUUUCAGGAAUUUUCCAUGACUUAUAACCAAAUUUCCAUGACCAAUAAUUGGUGGCAUCUCUAUAUAAACAUAACAAAUGUGGUAUUGACACUAACCAAUGUGUCAAAUAAUACAAAGCUUAUUUACAACUUAUGACUCAGACAAUAUAGUUUGAUUUAAAAUAAUAAACAUUGAUGAAUACAUUUUGUAUAGCAAUACCUUAACAGAUACAGAGAAAAAUAUGUUUAAAAAAAUAAUACAUAACAAGUGUAUUAUUUGUGUCUGAAAGUCCAGGAGUUAAACACUCUCUCUCUAACACACACCUGAACACAACCCUGAACAAGUUGUUUGUAAAUUUAACUUGCUAUUCACAUUUCUGACUGUCCAUGAGUUAAUCUCUCUUUCCUUCUUCUCUCUGGUUUGUUCUCCUCUUCUCACAAUCUCCACAUACUGUUUUACGUGCGGCCAGAGCAGUGGUCCGACACAUUUCCGUUUUCCAUCCAUCGGUACAUGCAGAAGUACAUGCUGGUGCUACAAUCUGUGGCUCUUACAAAGUCUUUUAUGUACAGGGCAAUUGUGAAAAAGCCAGUAAAGACUUGUGUUCUACAUCCCAGUCAGCGGCUUUGCAUCCAUUCUGGAAUGAGUAAUGCAGGAUGUGCAAUCCACAGGAUUUAAUAUUGAUCAGCGAUUUGUUGACAUCUCAACAUAUACUUCUGGAGUAUGUUGAACACAGUGGUGGUCUGUGCCAUUUAAAUUGAGGGAGGACGAUUAUUUGUUUUAAUGAGCAUGGCCAUAUUUCUAUUACAGCAUAUUGGAUUACUCUCAUUCAUAUUCCAUUCACUCAGCUCAAUGUAACAUCGACUUUUCCCUAUAACCAUCAUGAGGUUGCUACAACCUAGCCAAUGAAUGAAAGUUUGCAACAUACAGUGAGGGGAAAAAAGUAUUUGAUCCCCUGCUGAUUUUGUACGUUUGUAGGAGUCAUACUACAACAUUUUUUUUUACCUACUUAGGUAACUUGCAAAUGCUUUGUUGUCUGAGUGAGGGAAAUGUUGUAAAUAAAGAGGACUCGAUGUGUUUUGAAAGAUGAGAUGUUGAGGAUGAUAAAUACCGCUUUGAUGUCAUAUAAGCAAGCCAAACACACAUCCAAAUGUGCACUUCACUUUUCCAUAUCAUAAAACUCAUGAAACUUAGUGCUAACGUUUUUGAUAACUAUGUUUGAUGUACAGUUAUAAGGCUGUAUCACAACCGGCCGUGAUUGGGAGUCCCAUAUUGCGUUGCACAAUUGGCCCAGCAUCGUCCGGGUUUGGCCGGUGUAGGCCGUCAGUGUAAAUAAGAAUUUGUUCUUAUCUG